CGAUAUAUUCUGAUGAGAAAAUGGGAUUUGACUUUAGCAAUUCAAAAUCCAAAGCUAGCUAACAGACAAAUUAAGAGUUUAGAUUAAUUUGCAUCUCCACUGAUGGGCAUCGAUCUUUCUCUCAAGUUCGAGGCCGAGGAGAAGGAGAAAGAUGAAGAAGGAUCAAAACAUAGCUGCAGUGAGAAUAAAGAAGACGAUGAACAUGAUGCUAGUGGCGGUGAUGAAGAUGAACAAAUGGUGAAAGAAGACGAAGAAGAAGAUUCUUGUUUAGGUUCAAGAACCCGGGAAGAAGAGAACGAACGUGAAGAGAUCUUGCAGCUACAGAUCCAGAUGGAAAGUGUGAAAGAAGAGAAUACUAGGCUGAGGAAGCUUGUGGAGCAGACUCUUGAAGAUUAUCGUCAUCUGGAGAUGAAAUUCCCGGUUAACGAUCAAACCAAGAAGAUGGGUCUUGAAACGUUCCUUGGAGCAAAAGGCAAAUGGUGUGUGGAUAUAACAAGUAAGGCUCGGAAAAGAGGACCUGAGAUAUCUCCAUCCGUGGAAAGAGAAUUAGGGCUUUCGCUAUCUAUACAGAAAAAGCAGAAACAUGCAGGAGAGAGCAAAGAAGCUGUUCAGUCUCAUCAUCAUCAGCAAAGAUACAAUAAUAGCAGCUUAGCUAUCAUGAACGCGCCACGUAUCAUAUCAUCAUCUCAGGGGAAUAGAAAAGCCAGGGUGUCUGUGAGGGCGAGAUGUGAGACGGCAACGAUGAAUGAUGGAUGCCAAUGGAGAAAGUACGGUCAGAAAACCGCAAAAGGGAAUCCAUGUCCACGAGCUUAUUACCGAUGCACCGUGGCUCCAGGAUGUCCCGUUAGAAAACAGGUGCAAAGGUGUUUAGAAGACAUGUCAAUACUGAUAACAACCUACGAAGGAACACAUAACCAUCCACUUCCGGUGGGAGCAACAGCCAUGGCAUCUACUGCCUCCACUUCUCCAUUCUUGUUACUCGAUUCCAGCGACAACCUCUCUCAUCCUUCCUAUUAUCAAACUCCUCCAAUCAUAGACUCAUCUUUGAUCACAUACCCGCAAAAUAGCAGCACCAACAACCGAACCAUACGAAGCUUGAACUUUGAUGGUCCAUCAAGAGGAGAUCAUGUUUCAUCUUCCCAAAACCAAUUAAAUUGGAUGAUGUAGAGUUCCCAUGUCUCUUAAUCAUCAACUCUGCUUAUUCCUUUGGUUCCAUUAUUUUACUAUUAAUUCAAGUCAUCAUGGAUUCUUUGCCUAUUUCUUGUUCUUGUUUCUUAACAUUUGUGUUUGGUACAUAGAAAAUUAAAAGUUUGAGACUGUUUUAA